AAAACUUGGCUUAUCUCCUCCUCCCCUUCUUCCCCCUUGACCGUCUGCCUCUCAUCCCACGUUCUUUAGACAGCACGUUCGUUUACCUACGAUUCGUUCGUUCACUACACGCAUCCCAAGUCUCUACUUCUUCACGGAGCCACUCCCGUUCUACUUUGCUUCUGCAAACAACCGUCUUUGCUCUAGCGCGGGACACACGGAUUCGACUGUCGGCGUAUUUCAGUAUUGGUGCUGAGUCUUACUGAUCUUAUCAUUCUUUAUAUCACCAUGCUCCCUAUAUUUCUGCUGUCGAUAUUUGCAGGGCUUAUUGGGUCAGCUUCUGGACAUGCCACGGCAUGGUCCCCGGCGAUGUGGGGAUUCAACGUCACCGGAAGCACCUUUUCAUACGAUAACAGACCGGUUGUCCCCCUCAUGCAUCUGACUUUCAAGGAGUGGUGGUUCCAUGGACAUCUCGAUUAUCCACCUCCGGAUAACACUUUUCUGGAACUUCCCGCAGGAGGGACCCUGAAUUCGCAAGUUUCCUGCGACAAGGGAGCGACCACUUUCUUUGCUUCCUCGCCGGGCGGGGACAUUCAAGCCGGAAACAACCCUUGUCCAGGUUCACCAACGAUCGCGUUCCAUGCAAAGUCUAUUGAGGACACGCGUGGUUGCGCGUUCGGCAUCACUUACAAGUCUGACGUAAAUUCCGUAAAACCGGAGGACUUCACAAUCUUCACUGUAAACCAUACUUGCGUGUGGCAUCGCUUUACGGAUUUCCAAAUUCCGGCUGAUAUGCCUGAAUGUCCUGAGGGGGGCUGCAUCUGUUCGUUCAACUGGAUUCAUGCACCCGACGCCGGAAGCGAGCAGAUUUACAUGAAUGGUUACCGAUGCAAGGUGACGAAUGCCAAGUCAAACAAGAAACUCGCCACGCCGAAACUUGCUCGCCGAUGCGGACAGAAUGCGGAUAAGAAUGCAAAUGUGGCGCCAUGGAAUUGCACAUACGGCGCCAAGCAAGCGUUAUACUGGCUCCAGAAGGAAGGUAACACGUUUUUCGAAGGGGACCACGACCCGCCUUUCUACAACGACCUUUACAACUUCGGUGAUGGGGCGCAGAAUGACAUCUUCGAAGACUCUCAGCUGCCUGUGUUCAACAACAAGGGCGAACAGACAGGGUUCACUACUCCGGGAGGAAACACAGCGACAACCGCGAAUAUCGUUACGCCAACUGUCUCAUCUGGAUGGCCAACUACCACCACCGCAGCUUCGGGACAGCCGACGGGUGGAUCAUCCUCCAACUCUGGUUCUGGAUCGUCGUCAGCUGCGAACCCAGUAAAUACACCCGUGAAUAAUGCAGCAGGACCAGCCAACGGGACCAAUAACUCGAGCUCAAAGUCCGCGACGACUUCGACAUCAACGUCAAGAGCCGGCUCUUCGACGGCUACCUCGACUACUAAGUCAUCUUCAACAAACAAAUGCCGAAGACGCGAUAACGCUGAGUUCACGAAGAUAAAGAGACGUGCGUUUAGUGCGCAUCAGAAGCUGAGCAAGCGCCAUGGCGUCCAUUAAGGGGACGUGGUCUCGGCGACUACUCACCGUCCACGAUCCGUCUCUAUUUCGCAUGUCUUGACACUCUUGCAUAUAUCCGUAUCUAUACCCGGCACCACGUCCAGUUUCUCGUCAUUUCGCACUUUCGCCGAUGUUGUCAAGCCCUUCAUAUCUACGUCGCAGUGUCCCAAUUACAUGGUACUUUAGACGGCUAUUUGACUUGUGGCCCGAGCGUCGCAACUCUUUAUUUACUCUCGCAUUGUUCCAUGAGGAUGGCUAUUUCUUGGUCUUUAUUUGCUGAUUAUUUUUGCUCGUCUCCCUUGUCUUGCUUGCUUUACUUCUGCAUAGGUAAAGUGAUACGACCUGUGGUCGUACCGUCACGCUUUAUACUUUACCCAUUCACUCGUUCAUCCACGAUUUGACCUCAGGCAUCCUGGAGAUGCAACAAAUAUCCCUUCAUGCACAUUCUUACCCUCGUACCAUAACAUGUAUCGCAUAGUAUGCAUGCGAAGUUACCUAGCCCUAUAUGACUGUGCGAGCACGGUCGUAAGUAGGGAGGACGUACUUGUACGAAUACAAUUAUUCAUUUGCA